AUGUACCAAGUGGUACCAGGAGGUGCAGGGAGCACAGUUACCAAUGCUAAACCCAUCAAGUAAAAACUGAAUAGGGACGUUCAGCCCUUAGUUGUAGUAAGUGUCCUAGGCUUGGUGCUGUUGAUUUCUGCAGUGACCGCAUGGUGCUAUUACAUUGGUUCUCUGCGCAAGGCUGAACUGCUCAAGACAGAACUUCUGGACCUCAACAAGGAUGGCUACAUCAUUCACAAUCAGGCGGGGUCUAUUGUCUUCAGGAUGUCUUUCAGGUUUGUGAUUCACUUCAGAAUAGGACAGACUCAAUCAGCAUUCAUUCACCAACAGUUACUAUUAAUCAUUGUGAAAGUGUGUUGUUAGCUGCAAAUUGGGAAUUUCUUCUAGUAUAUACUGUCACGGAAUCAGCCGAGGCUGCCCCUCCUCCUUGCUCGGGCAGGCUUCGGCGUUCGUCGUCCCCGGAGUACUAGCUGCCACCGAUCUAUGUUUCGGUGUUUGUCUAGUUUGUCCUGAUUGUUUUCACCUGUUUCCCAUUAUGUUAUAUUGUAAUGCCUUUAUAUCCCCCUGUCUCUCAUUGGUUAUUGUGUGUGAUUGUUUUCCGUGAGGUCGGCAGUCUCGGGUGUAUGCGUAUUUUGUUUCCUUCCUGUUUGGAGGUUUGUUUGUAUUUAUAUUUACUGUGCUAGUAAAGUUUGUCUGCCAGUAGCUCGGUGUCCUGCGCUUGACUUCGCUCACCGCAUACACGUAGCCCUGACAGAAUCACACACCAUUCAUGGAGUCAGCAGGAGCGGCGGUGCCAGCUGGAUCAAUGGAGGAACGCGUCGAACACCAAGCGGCCAUGAUCCAGGCUCUCGGCACCGCCAUGGAACGGGUGGUGAGCACUAUUGGGCGAUGGGAAAGAGAGGGUCUGCCUACGCCUUCUCCAACGAUACCACCACCAUCGGCGAUGCCCAUCGCUUCACCUCCGGGGUCCAGUGGGAUUCGGCUCUCGCUCCCGAGGGCUUAUGAUGGCACAGCGGCUGGGUGUCAGGGUUUCCUGCUCCUAGUUGAACUCUACCUAGCAACCAUCCACCCGGUGCCCUCGGGAUACGAGAGCGUGUCCGCCCUCAUCUCCUGUCUGUCCGGCAAGGCGCUGGAGUGGGCCAAUGCCGAGUGGGGGGGAAUAGACGCCGCUACUGUCAACUAUGCGGAGUUCACCCGCCGCUUCAGGGCAGUAUUCGAUCAUCCACCAGAGGGUAGCGGCGGGUGAGCGUCUAUUCCACCUUAGACAGGGGAGGAGGAGCGCACAGGAGUUCGUGCUGGACUUCCGGACGCUGGCUGCCAACGCGGGAUGGAAUGAGAGGGCCCUCAUCGACCACUACAGAUGUAGCCUGAGGGAGGACGUGCGUCGGGAAUUGGCCUGCAGGGACACCAACCUCAGCUUCGACCAACUGGUGGACAUGUCCAUUCGUCUGGAUACCCUGUUGGCUACCCGCGGACGUUCAGAUUCAGGGCCGUCCAUUCCAUCCCCCAGCACUUCCGAGCCGACCCCUAUGGAGCUCGGAGGUGCUGGUGCUAGGGAGACCAGGAGAGAGACCAGGAAGGAGGCCGUCCCCUGCACCAACUGUGGCCGCAGAGAACACACUGCUGGUCGGUGCUGGGGAGGGUCUCCUAGGAAUCGAGGCGGUAGGCCGCGCACUGAUGAGUCAUUCCAGGUGAGUAGACACCCAGCUCACCCAGAGCUCUCUGUUGCGCAUGUGUGUAUUAAAGUUGUGUUUCCCAAGGUUUCUCCUCACUCAAAGCAUAAGGCGCUAGUAGAUUCAGGCGCAGCUGGGAAUUUUAUUGAUCGCCAAUUCACUUAUAAGUUAGGGAUUCCUAUUGUACCUGUUGAUGUGCCCUUCCCCAUCCAUGCCCUAGAUAGCCGCCCUUUGGGGUCAGGAUUGAUUAGGGAAGUCACAGCGCCGCUCAGGAUGAAAACGCAGGAGGGCCAUGAGGAGAUACUACGUUUGUAUUUGAUUGAUUCUCCUGCGUUUCCCGUGGUGUUGUGGCUUCCCUGGUUAACAUCUCAUGACCCCAACAUUUCAUGGCAACAGAGGGCUCUCAAGGGAUGGUCUGAUCAGUGUUUCGGGCGGUGUGUAGGUGUUUCCGUAGGGGCAACGACGGUGGAAAUCCCGAACCGAUUUGGCACUCGCCUUCUGUAAAAAGAAAUCGACUCAAUUACCACCUCAUCGACAGGGGGAUUGUGUGAUAGACCUCCAAGUAGGCGAUGCGCUUCCACGUAGACAUGUGUAUCCUCUGUCUCAGGAGGAGACGGCGGCUAUGGAGACAUACGUCACCGAAUCUCUGAGACAGGGAUACAUACGGCCGUCCACUUCCCCUGCGUCCUCGAGUUUCUUUUUUGUGAAAAAGAAGGAUGGGGGUUUACGCCCGUGUAUUGAUUACCGUGGUCUCAAUCAGAUCACAAUCAAAUACAACUAUCCUCUCCCUCUGAUUGCUAAUAUGAUGGAGUCAUUACACGGGGCGCGAUUCUUCACAAAAUUGGAUCUCAGGAGCGCGUACAACCUGGUGCGCAUUAGGGGGGGGAGAUGAGUGGAAGACAGCAUUCAGUACCACCUCGGGUCACUAUGAGUACCUCGUCAUGCCAUACGGGUUAAUGAAUGCUCCUUCAGUCUUCCAAUCAUUUGUGGACAAGAUUUUCUGGGACUUGCAUGGACAGGGUGUAGUGGUGUAUAUUGAUGACAUUCUAAUAUACUCCGUUACACGAGCCGAGCAUGUGUCCCUGGUGCGUUGAGUGCUUGGUAGACUGUUAGAGCAUGACCUGUAUGCGAAGGCGGAGAAACGUCUGUUCUUCCAGGAGUCCAUCUCCUUCCUGGGACAUCGGUUGUCCGCGUCAGGGGUGGAGAUGGAGAUUGACCGCGUUUCUGCCGUACGUAAUUGGCAGACUCUCACCACGGUGAAGGAAGUGCAGUGGUUCUUGGGUUUUGCCAAUUACUACCAGAGGUUUAUCCGGGGCUUUGGACAGGUAGCAGCUCCCAUUACCUCCCUGCUAAAGAGGGGUCCGGUGCGUCUGCAGUGGUCGGCUGAGGCGGACAGGGCGUUUAGACAUCUGAAGGACCUGUUUACCUCGGCUCCGGUGCUGGCACAUCCGGAUCCCUCUUUGGCGUUCCAAGUUGAGGUGGAUGCGUCCGAGGCUGGGAUCGGCGCUGUGCUGUCUCAGCGCUCGGGUACGCCAACAAAACUCCGCCCCUGUGCUUUCUAUUCUAAGAAGCUCAGUCCGGCGGAGCGCAAUUAUGACGUGGGGGACAGGGAGCUGUUGGCUGUGGUUCAAGCCCUGAAGGUGUGGAGGCAUUGGCUUGAGGGGGCUAAACACCCUUUUCUCAUUCUGACUGACCAUCGUAACCAUCGUACAUCCGGGCAGCGAGGAGGCUGAACCCUCGCCAGGCAAGGUGGUUUAUGUUUCUCUCCCGAUUUGUAUUUAAGCUCACCUAUAGACCAGGGUCACAGAACGCUAAGGCAGACGCCCUGUCCCGACUAUAUGACACAGAGGAGAGGUCCAUUGUGCCCACUCCCAUACUCCCGGAGUCUUGUCUGGUGGCACCGGUGGUGUGGGAGGUUGAUGCGGACAUCGAGCGGGCGUUACGUACCGAUCCUACUCCCCCACAGUGUCCAGAGGGUCGGAGGUACGUGCCGCUCGAGGUUCGCGAUCGAUUGAUAUAUUGGGCUCACAUGUCACCCUCCUCUGGUCAUCCUGGUAUUGGUCAGACAGUGCACUGCCUUAGUGGGAAGUACUGGUGGCCCACUUUAGCUAAGGACGUGAGGGUUUAUGUUUCCUCCUGCUCGGUGUGCGCCCAGUGUAAGGCGCCUAGAAACCUGCCCAGAGGGAAGUUACAACCCCUACCCGUUCCACAACGGCCGUGGUCUCACCUAUCGGUGGAUUUUGUCACGGACCAUCCCCCCCUCCCAGGGGAACACGACGAUCUUGGUCGUUGUGGAUCGGUUUUCGAAGGCCUGCCGUCUCAUUCCUAUGCCAGGUCUCCCUACUGCCCUACAAACUGCUGAUGCCCUGUUCACACACGUUUUCCGGCACUACGGGGUGCCUGAGGAUAUAGAGUCUGAUCGGGGUCCCCAGUUCACCUCUAGAGUCUGGAGGGCGUUUAUGGAACGUCUGGGGGUCUCGAUUAGCCUUACCUCAGGUUUCCACCCCGAGAGUAACGGGCAGGUGGAGAGAGUGAACCAGGAUGUGGGUAGGUUUCUGAGGUCCUAUUGCCAGGACCGGCAGGAGGAGUGGUCAGUAUAUAUUCCCUGGGCAGAGAUAGCCCAAAACUCACUCCGCCACUCCUCCACUAACCUUACGCCUUUCCAGUGUGUGCUAGGUUAUCAGCCGGUCCUGGCACCUUGGCAUCAGAGCCAAAUCAAAGCCCCCGCGGUGGACGAGUGGUUUCGGCGCUCGGAAGAAACCUGGAACGCUGCGCAUGUCCAUCUGCAGCGGGACUAUCAGGCGGCAAAAGGCGAGCGCCGAUCGCCACCGCAGUGAGGCUCUGGUGUAUGCACCGGGAGAUCGGGUCUGGCUCUCGACCCGAAACCUGCCCCUUCACCUGCCCUGCCGGAAGCUGGGUCGGCGGUUUGUGGGGCCAUUUAAAGUCCUGAGGAGAUUGAACGAGGUAUGCUAUAGGUUACAACUGCCCAUUAAUUACCGCAUUAACCCCUCGUUCCAUGUGUCUCUCCUCAGGCCGGUGGUGGCUGGUCCACUCCAGGAGAGUGAGAUACGAGAGGCUCCUCCGCCCCCGUUGGACAUCGAGGGGGUUCCGGCGUACUCAGUCCGUUCCAUCUUGGAUUCGAGGUGUCGGAUGGAGUGGAGUGGGAGGGGUACGGUCCGGAGGAACGGUGCUGGGUCCCUAGAUCCCUCCAUGUUGAGGGACUUCCACCGGAGUCAUCCGACUUGCCCUGCUCCGCGUCCUCCUGGCCGUCCCCGUGGCUGGGGUCGGCACACGGCUGGAGCCGCGCGUCAAGGGGGGGGGGGUACUGUCACGGAAUCAGCCGAGGCUGCCCCUCCUCCUUGCUCGGGCAGGCUUCGGCGUUCGUCGUCCCCGGAGUACUAGCUGCCACCGAUCUAUGUUUCGGUGUAUGUCUAGUUUGUCCUGAUUGUUUUCACCUAUUUCCCAUUAUGUUAUAUUGUAUUCCCUUUAUAACCCCCUGUCUCUCAUUGGUUAUUGUGUGUGAUUGUUUUCCGUGAGGUCGGCAGUCUCGGGUGUAUGCGUAUUUUGUUUCCUCCCUGUUUGGAGGUUUGUUUGUAUUUAUAUUUACUGUGCUAGUAAAGUUUGUCUGCCAGUAGCUCGGUGUCCUGCGCUUGACUUCGCUCACCGCAUACACGUCGCUCUGACAUAUACGCAUAUUCAAUUCAGCAACAUUAAUCUACUGGGGACUAAAAAGAAGGCUUGCUCCCCUAAUCUGGUACAGUUUCCCUUCAAAAAGAUUAAAACUAAUCUAAUUUUGAUCAGGAUCAUGAUUUGAUCUGAAAAACAAAAUUAGCUUGAUCAAGUAAUUUCCCCUUCAUAUUCUCCCAUGUGGACCAGCCUCCUAGCAAAUCGAGUUCAACUAAUGAGCUUCAGCUCCUCACCAUUUGAGUGACAGUUCGCAAGAGGCAUAUCAUGCACACACAGCAGAGUGAGAGAGGGAGCAAUGACGUGGUGCACAUAUUUGCAUAUGUGACGUAGUACGCAAUUUUCGGGGACCACUUUUGGCUCGUGAGCGCGUCUUUCAGAACUUCUUUUUUAAAAGUACCAGAGAAUCUCUAAUCAUUAGUCAACUACUCUAACAUGAAUAUAGCCUGAGACUUAAAUGCAAAGAGAUGUGAUACAGUAUGUAACUGAUCAUUCUUCUCUAAAUGUUGAAUGACAGGUCUGGCACUCUGGACUUAAACUCAUGUUCUAAGGAGGGGAGAUACUGAGCUGUUGGCGCACCAGUGAUAGGAAACUAACGUUUUUCAUUCAGACAGUGUUCGACAAUACAGUCCAAUGCUACCGUGUGCGUUGGGAAGAAUUGGUUCCCAAUCUGCCUGUGGAGCAUGCCAUGACCUACAACGUCUCGCAUUGGUAUGGUGGAGCCGAGACUGCCAUACAGCAUUGGCCUAUCUCUAUCUCCGGGCAGCAGGCACCCAAACCCUUUGUCACCAGUGAUAUCUACUCAAACCGAAAUGGCUUUGGGGGUAUCUUGGAGCGCUACUGGCUCUCGUCCAAUGCCACGGCUAUUAAGAUCAAGGUCUCUGCCCUUUCAUCUGGGCUGGAACGACACAGAGAAGACCAUGUACUUCCAGGCGAGGUACCAUGACACCCCCUACAAGCCAAACCCUGGUGAGGCACCUUGUGCUGAACUCAGCUACAGAGUCUGCAUGGGCUUAGACAUCACAUCCAUUCACAAGUACAUGGUGUGCAGAUACUUUCAAAAGCCCAACAAGGUGCCUUCCAAAGCCAUGUUCCGCCAUCCCAUUUGGUCCACUUGGGCAUUAAACAAGACUGACAUAGACCAAGAGAAACUGUUGAAGUAUGUGGCCAACAUCCGCAAGCAUAGGUUCAACUGUAGCCACCUGGAGCUAGACGACCGCUACACAAACCGCUAUGGGGAAUUUGAGUUUGACUCUGCCAAGUUUCCCAACGCUGCAGCUAUGUUCCAGAAGCUCAAAGCAGGCUGCUUUCUGGUCACUCUCUGGACACACCCUUUUGUCAACUAUGACUCUGAGAAUUUCCACACCUGUGUGGAAAAUGGGCUGUUUGUCCGCGAACCUACAGGUCGUCUUCUGGCUUUGGUAAGCUGGUGGAAUGGCAUCGGGGGCAUUCUGGACUUCAACCAACCUAGAGGCCCAUGAUUGGUUCACCUCCCAGCUACGGUCCUUACGAUCCAAGUACGGGGUGUCCUCCUUCAAGCUGGACGCGGGCGAGACAAACUACUUGCCCUGGCAGUUCAGCACAAAGACACCUCUUCGCGACCCUAGUACGUUCACCUGUCGCUACACCGAGAUGGCUAUUCCCUACAACAAGCGGGCCGAGCUGCGCUCCGGCUACCAGUCCCAGAACAUCUCCUGCUUCUUCAGGCCCAUUGACUGGGAGUACGAUAGCGAGGUGAUGGAGAUUGCCCGGAAGUACACUGCGAUCCAUGAGAGUAUAGUGGCCCCAAGGGUUCUGGAACUGGCUGGGGAGGUUCUGGACACAGGAGACCCCAUCAUACGACCCCUGUGGUGGAUUGCCACCGGCGACGAGACUGCCUAUAAGAUUGACUCUCAGUUCCUAAUAGGGGACGACCUCAUGGUGGCUCCAGUGUUGGAGCCUGGAAAGCAGGAGAGGGACAUCUAUCUACCAGCUGGGCGCUGGCAGAGCUACAAGGGAGAACAGUUUGAUAUUAAGGAGCCUCUGCACCUUACGGACUAUCCGGUAGAUCUUGAUGAAAUUGUUUACUUUGUCUAG